CCUGUUCCUGUGGCCCGCUGGCUUUUGUGUGUGUUAUUUAUAUAUGAUGGGAUUAUAGCGCUGCUAGUUUAGUGUUUAUACACCGGAUAUAUGUCAUCCACUCUUUGUUUUUAUUAAGCGUUACAGUACCGUUCAUGGUUUAAUACGGACAACAUAUGAAGCAAAGAGGAUAAACUAAAACAUUAUUACUAAGGUUUACUAUCGUUGUCUUAUAAGAACCAAGUGGACUGUGUAUCUAUAUUUCAUUUUGAUCAUUUCUAAAAAUGCCGCGUUGCUUUGUUAAUGGUUGCCCAACCAAACAAACCAAGGGGAAAAAGACUGGUAAUGCAACUAUGCAUUGUUUCCCGACUUCUGCAAAACGGAUAAAGGCCUGGCUAGAGAGCACUGGACAACCAAUUGAUGAUAUGGAUAAUCUUGUGGAAAGAGUUAUUAGAACCAAAAGAAACGCCAUGUUUAGGAUAUGUUCUAAGCAUUUUAAACCGGAAGAUUACCAAAGUAGUGGCGUGCGAAUUUGCCUAAAGAAGGAUGCCAUCCCAAGUCUAUUCAAUAAUAAGGCAAUACCUAAUGUCGUACAUGAUAUUUCAGAGGAGCAAACCAAACAUUGUCAAUUAUUAAUUAAAAAAAAAAGAGAGUGGUUAUACAAGAGCAGGCAUACCUCUACACACGGUCUUAUACAAACAAAAUCCACUGGAACAUGGACAGGUCUCGUGUCAGUUUUGUUUCAGGAACUCUGUCAUGAAAUGCAGGAUAGUAAGGCAGAAGAUGACCUUUCUAUUUCAAACAGUUCUGUGCAGCUGCCACAGUUAGCCACAAAUUUAACAAGCACACCAAGAUUGGUUGUUCCUGUUGCUGAUCAAAACCAGAUGGAUAAAGACAUGGAUAUGGUCAACUCAAAUGUUGUAUCUAGUCUUUGUUCCGUAGAUAAGAGCUUUAUGGAAGGUAUUAAUGUUGACUCAAAAGAUACAGUUCCAGGUGUUGAAAUGACAUGCUCAACGGCAGACAACGUUUCGCAUGAACCAGACCAUGACACGGAAGACCUGUUAAGGGAACGUACAUUUAUAGGUUUUGAGAUGGACAAGAAGAAAAUAACCUUGGAUAUCUUGACUCAUGCCCUGGAAAUCAUCUAUUUGCUGACUGGAGAGGUCUCCGUCCUGAAGGAUUUGAUGAACUCACUGAUGAUGAUCAAGAUAAACAGUGACAAAAAAAAGAAUGAUAGGAUUUUGAGGCGUGCUCAGGAGAUCAUCCGUCUAAUUACUACUACAGAGGAAUACACCAUUGUGAAGAGUUCUCUGGAUGACAGCAUGCAGCAACUUACUGGAGAGGUACCUGUAAGGUGCGGUGAUGUUGCAGUGUAUUUCUGUGUCGAUGAGUGGGAGUACGUAGAGGGACACAAGGAACAUUACAAAGAUGUGAUUGAGAAUCACCAGACACUCAAUAUUCUGAAGAUCCCUGACAAUAAAAGCUCAGAAAAAGGGAAGGAUACACGGCUGAUGGGAAUCCAUCCAAGUCACUGCACAGAUGGCCGUGUGGACUGGAAUAUUGAUGGAAAUCAUCACACUACAGACACCUUUAUCCAGAACUGUAGUCAAGAAAAUAAAGCAGAACAAAUUCAUCAAAAUGAUUCUGUAAAGCCAUUUCACAAAACAUGCAAGCUAACUGAACUCAAACCACAAACCACUCACUCAUUUAAUGAUUCUGAUAAUUCCAAUUAUCCUACCAAAGUUACAAAACUUUUUAACGACCAGAUAACUCAAACUAUGGCUAAUCCACUAGGAUUUUCUGUCAGUGGAAAAAUGUUUGCCUAUAGAAAGAAACGAUAUUUAAAAAGUCAUGCAAAAGAAAAAACAUUUUUGUGUUCUAAAUGUGGGAAAUGUUUCAAUCGUCAAUCAAACCUUACUAGACAUCAAAGUGUUCACACAGGCGAGAAACCAUAUUCAUGCUCAGAAUGUGGUAAAAGUUGUAACCGGCAAUCAAACCUUAUUGCUCAUCAGAAAAAUCACAGAAGAGAAAAGUCAUUUUUGUGUUCUAAAUGUGGGAAGUGUUACACCCAACAUGCAAAGCUUAUUAAUCACCAGAGAAUGCAUACAGGGGAAAAACUGUUUUUGUGUUCUAGAUGUGGAAAAGGUUUCACCCAAAAAUCCGACCUUACUAGACAUCAGAAUAUUCACACAGGAGAUAAGCCAUUUUCAUGUUCUCAAUGUGGGAGAUGUUUUAACCAGCAGUCACACCUUAUUACACAUCAGAAAAUUCACUCAGGAGAGAAACCAUUUUCAUGUUCUGUAUGUGGGAAAUGUUUUAUCCAGAAAUCAAAUUUUAUUACACAUCAGAAAAUUCAUAUACAAAAAUAAAUUUUUUAAUGUUCUGCA